AUGGCAAAUACGACCAUCAAUAAAAAGGCCCACUAUCCCCUUCCCUUUUUUCCCUCUAGACAACACCCCCAUCACUACUCAUGCACUUCCACCACCUCGUCCUCGUCCUCGCUACCCUCGUCUCCCUCGCUUGCGCCCUCCCUGCUGGCCAAGUCGAUGAUCUAGCGGCUAGAGCAAGCUACCAGAACUCACCGGGGUGGAAGCGAGCGAGCUACCAAGACUCCCCGGAGUGGAAACGCGCCAGUGCCCAACACUCACCAGAAUGGAAGCGAGCAAGCUAUCAGGACUCGCCGGAGUGGAAACGCGCCAGUGCCCAACACUCGCCAGAGUGGUGGCGAGAUGGCGCAUGAAAGGGCGUCUCUCCUCCCUUCCUCUUCCUCUUCUCGGCUCCUUCCUUCUUGCCUGGUACGGGGUCUCGUGUGUGGGUUGUGUGAUGUAUUGUCCUAUUGCAUCGCAGCGAUAGCAGUUUCCUCGUCGUCUGCCAUUCUUUUUAUUCCAUCCUGGCUCCCAUGCAAACUUGCAGAGUUCCUUACAUUAGAUGGUGUCGUUAGUCCUAGUCCUACUCCCCGUCCUUAGUCGUCCCGCGCCCCAGCCCAGCUCAGGCCUCAGCGGACGUGUGCCCCAGCAGCACUUGUCACACUUGUCAUCUCUUCACCUCUUUCUUACCUCCUUGCCACCACUCAUCAUCUCCUUCUCGCGGAAUUGGGUCCCUUUUCUUACUUUUUACUUUUACUUUACUUUGGGAGAGGUUCAUGGACAUUGGGGAGGGAAGGGGGGCUGUAGGAUUAUGUCCAGGGUGUUGUUGUACCAUUAAAAAAAUUCAAAUUAAAAGGAGAUGUGAGAUGAGAAACUUGUCAAUAAAAUCCACACUGACUUUCUUACUGUCC